UGACUUGUUGGACAUGCCUUGUAGUGUAUUUUCUAUCUCGGAGGAUUAACAGACAUUUUCAUCAGGUGGAUUGCAGUUUUACCUCUCAGGUUGCAGAUAUGUUGAAGGAAAUGUUGUCAUAUUUUAUCUCUUUAUCUUUCUUGUUGUAUCAUGCCAUUUUCCCGUGCUCAUUUCCUGAGGAGUUGCUUGUCAAGUCUGUCGACCAUCAGCUGUAUCUGGGUAAAUGGUAUUUUAAAGCAGCAGUGAGUCACAGAGAGGCGGACAUCCAGAAUUUCAAAGCAGUGGACAACGUUUGGUUCACCUUGGAGAAGACGGACAAUGACACACUGCUGCUGACCGGACAUGUUCGCAUAGGAGACAACUGCGUGAAUCAGACAUGGACCUAUCAUGUACGUCCUGAGAGGGAUGAUAUGGAGCUGGAAGGAAAGGCAGAGCGGAGAAACCUGCUCUGGAGUGGCAAGUGGGCCAACUGCCCCGAGUGCAUCAUUUUUCAAGAAAUAGAGCCACCCCUAAAGCCUACAGACACAGUCGACUCCCUCGACAGACUCAUGCUGUAUGCUCGCCAGAGUGACGUCGACUCGGAGGUGGUGACAACAUUUCUGAAAAACGCAGCUUGUCAUAACAAGUUGGCAACUGUCCAACCUCCUGAAGAGAAAGAGUUUUGCACCUAAAUAUUAACACUGAGGAUGUUGCUGGAGGCAUGGACAGCCUGGAUGAUCAUAAGAUUAAUUCAUUUUUUCCCUCUGUGAACAGUGAAACAUUUUGCAAUACACUAAGAAUGAGUGCCAACAUUUUUUCAAACAUUAAAUCACAUACUAAAAACACAGUGA